UGGUCCACGGAACCGCCUCCGCGGACGGUCUGCCAUCCGCCUGAUGGUUUUGGUGCGUGUGCCAGACGUGCGUUUCGUCUCAUCUCGCCUCGUCCUCUUCCACCCGUACGGACCAACCUGUGCGGUUGAACCGUGCGGACGGUUUCUUCGCCUCCCUGAGUCCAUCGGGUCCAUCGUCUCGUCUCUCCUCUCGGUCGAUCAGUCGGCCAUCGGAGUUUACCUGAUUCGCCAGUACCGCUGCCCGUGCCGUUACGUCUCUCGAUCUCCGUAUCUAUCGAUGACGCGAUUAGUAUCGUAUGAAGAACGACACAUACAGCAUCACAAAGUUUACAUUUUUCGUUUUCCAUAAUCGAUAACGAAAGAGAGAGAGAGAGAGAGAGAGAGGAGAAAAACGAUAACUAGGAUAUUCCUCCGGCAGAGGAGACGUCGUGGAUUUAACUAUGACAUGACUCGAUGAUCUCGAGGUCGAUCAGGACGAAUCUUUUUUCGUUCCAUUUGGCACCCCGAAAUAACGUGCCAUACAAUUUGACCCUCGAGACAUCUCGUAUAUACGAGAAGAAAUAAAAUCGGUAAUAUACUCGAGAACGGAUCGUUCGAUGAGAGACAAAUGGAGGGAUUAUAGAGUCCGAAGGGUUUUGAAGAGCGAACCUCUUCUCUCAACACAUCAUCAUCGAUUUCUGUCUAAUAUUUCCCGGAGCCGAUAACGAAGUGAAUCUCUGGGUGAUCUACGAGUUCGUAGGAAUCGGUUUAAUAUCGAGAUAAAAAAAGAUCCGAUGCGUAUAAGGUCGACACAGGGUCGGCUAAGUAGCCAUAAAGAAGAUUCGGCGACCUAUCCGACCCGAUAAAUCGCGCCCUGAUAACCCUCGAUUAAUUAUCGAACCUCUCUCUUCCUGCGACGGAAAUCUCUUACCGAGAAUCUCGCUCAUCUGCGACAAAAAAAUCCACGAGAUGCGUUUUAUCUCCCGACAAAAUUUGCUAUUCAAUUUAUCAUCGAUUAUGUGACAUUAUUUGAGUGACAUUUUCGACAUUUAUAUGUCGAAAGCACUUUUUGAGAGUUCGCGAAUCUUUGACAUCUAUAGUCUUUAGUGAUUGUGUGAAUAUCGAUCGUCAGUGAAGAAAGUGUUUUGCAUCGUGGAUUUAACAAGAAUAAAAAUGGAUAUCCACCACAAUAAUAACGAUUUAUCUUCGAUGGAAAGUAAAGCCAGCUCGUCGAGCAACGAACACGGCGGCAAUAAUUCUUUGGACGAUGCUGUGGGCAAACUAUUGCAAGGAUACGAUUGGACGCUACUUCCGGUGACUUCGCGCGCCGGCGGACGAAGAAGCGCUCACGUGAAACGUCCCAUGAACGCUUUUAUGGUGUGGGCGCAGGCAGCAAGGCGAAGACUUGCCGACCAGUAUCCGCAAUUGCACAACGCUGAGUUAUCGAAGACGCUGGGAAAAUUGUGGAGGAUUUUAAGCGACGGCGAGAAGCAACCGUUUAUCGAAGAAGCUGAGAGACUGCGAAACGCGCAUAAGAAGCAACAUCCACACUACAAGUAUCAGCCGCGACGAAGGAAGCCAAAGUCGGACGAUCAGAUGGGUAUCAUCAUGCAUCGAGGUGGGCUUGCGUCGCCCGGAACCACCCUCGAUUCCUCAGCCGGUUCCUCGGAUUGCACCUAUACCCGUCUGUAUCCGGAUGCUGGCGUGAAGACGUACGAGCGACCGGCGACUUAUCACGACCCGACCAAGUCCAGUGCCUACGACUUGGCCAGACCGGUCUGGGUCAACGAGACGGUCGCAAAGUAUCCCGCUGCCGAUCAUCUCGGCAAGUCAUCGUACGAGACGACGUCGAGGAGCUACGCCGAGGUAAAGUGUCACGAGGUCGCCAAGUACCAUCACGAGAUGACCGGUACCAAAUACCACCACCAUCACGAGCCAGCGGUUACCACCAAAUACCCGGACUUGCAAACCAAGUCUUACGACCUGCCCAAAUAUCCGGAGACCAAAGGAUAUCCGGACAGCCUGAAGUAUCCCGCGGAGAUGAGCAGCGCCGCCGCCGCCGUUAAGGCGCCUUACGCCUGUGUGCACGGACAAUAUUAUCCCACCGCGGAGGGGUACACCGUCCACGGCGAGGAAAACGAUUAUCAGCCGCAGAGCGUGUCGUCGCAUCCCUCUUUUUAUCCCUAUAUAUCGGCGGCAUCCAUGACGCAACCGCCGUACUACAUGGGACCGCGAUAGAUCGCGAGCCUAUUGAAAGUGAUGAGAUGUAAGACUAUUCUUACAGCCGAAAAAUUAAACUUUCUCUUCGCGCGCGACGUAUAUUAAUAUUAAAUAAUUAUUAGCACCGAACAGAAAGUUACUAAUAUAAUUUACGAACGUACAUAGAGAUCAAUUGGGACAAUGUUUCUGCGGAAACAAUGUAACCAGGUUCGCUUCAUCCCUCGAUCUAUGAAUCACGAUGAGAAUUAUGUAUCAUUUGAAUAUUGAUAUAUAACGCAUGUGAAUAUUGUCUUACCAUUUGAUAAACUUCGAAUGUAGACGAUCGUUCAUUAUCGAUCUUCAGAGAUUUAAAUCAAUCGAAUAUUGUGUGCGUAACAAAAAUUCUGUAAAAUAUUUAAACGAUAGCGAGUGUGUUGUACUUAAUAAGACGAAAUUGAUAAACUUAUUCUAUGAAAUGAGAUAUAUAUCCGAUUGCUUUGUAAUCUCUUUUUUUAUUUAUUCUUCUUUGUAAACUCUGUGACAAUGCAAAUAAAUCAGAUCUAUUAUCUUUUUGUUUUGCGACACAAUAUGUAACACAUUUAUAUUCUUCGAGACUAUCUGCAAUAUAUAAAAUAAAAAAAAGAAAAGGAAAAGAUUUAAACACAGAAUUUACAAGCAGAUUUCUAAAUUAUACAUAUAUAAAAUGGUGUAUAUAUAUUAAAUUGUAUAUAUCGUUUUGACAUUCCAAAUUGCUAAAAAAAAAAAAAAAAAUUUAAUUUUGAUU